AUGCUUUCUUCGCGUUGCCUUGUGUUUUUACUUCUUCCUCUGUUUUUCACACUAAACUCUCAAGCCAACGACCAACUAGUUUUCCGUUACCACAAAUGUAACGAUAAUCUCGGAAACUUCACCGACGGUAGUACCUACCAAAACAACCUUGCCACCGCUCUAGAAAACAUAUAUUCCAACAAAGAUAUAGACUAUGGAUUCUACAAUUUUUCGUAUGGCCAAAAACCUGACAAAGUAAGCACUAUUGGAUUCUGCAGAGGAGACGUUAGUCCAAGUGAUUGCCGUGACUGCUUGAAAACCUCCGCAGUACUUCUCACAGAUCGGUGUCGAGUUCAGAAAGAAGCAAUUGAAAAUAAGACAGUUGUGGAUGAUGCAUUUAGUCAAAGACUUGAUGGCUUGUUGGAUGAACUUAAAAGCACUGCGGCUGAAGGUGAUUGGAGGAAGAAGUUUGGUGAAGAGAGUGUUAAAGUAAAUGAGUCAAAUAGCAAUAAUAAUGAGACUAUAUAUGGAUUGGUUCAAUGUACACCAGAUUUGACAAAACAAAAUUGUACUAAAUGUUUGGAUUUGGCUUUAGAUGAUCUUUCAGUUUGGUGUAAAGAAAUGAAAGGGUGUUUGUAUCUUGGACCAAGUUGUUCGGUUAGAUAUGAUAUAGUUCAGUUUUAUCAGUCUAUUAACAAUACAGAGUCACCGGCACCACCGCCAUCUCAAGCACUUCCUCCUAAAUCUGCAUCAACCAAUUCCACAGAGUCCCCGGCAUCACAGCCUUCUGAAGCACUUCUACCUAAAUCUGCUUCAACCAACUCUACAGAGUCGCCGGCAUCACAGCCAUCUCAGGCACUUCCUCCUAAAACUGCAUCGACCAACUCCACCAACACAUCUCCAGGAUCAGGAAAGAGCAAGAAACUAAGAACUUUCAUCACUAUCGGUGUAGCUGUUAUUGUUGUGUUUGGCUUGGCUUAG